CUCCUCCUCCUCGUUCCCGCUGCCUCUCGCAGCCACAUCUCUCCAUCACUCCAUCUGCUUCGCGUCCCUCUCCUCUCUCCGUCCUCUCACAUCCUCAUCCUCCGCUUCGUUCGUUCCAUUCGACGACAUGUUCUGCCGGUGAAGUCCGCCAACUCACGCAGACCGCGGAUGCCGAGCGACGAGAACAGACAAAUGCUCUGAGGAGGAAGAAAAGGGAGAGAAGAACAACAAGAAGAAGAAAACACGCACGUUUGCAUUUUUCUCUGAGUGCCUUGGCUUGAACGGAGCAACAGGAUGGAUCUGUCUUUCAUGGCCGCAUCCCUGUUAUGACAGGAGCCUUCAUGGACUCCUCGCCCAACGACGACUACAGUGGCGAGCACUCACUCUUUAACUCUUCGGCCAGUGUCAACGCCGCGGCCUCGGCGGCCUCGGUACAAGGCCAGCAGGACGAGCAGCAGUCCAUGUCAAGUGAUGCCAUCUGGCUCUGGAUCGCCAUCAUCGCUACGAUUGGAAAUAUUGUGGUGGUGGGCGUCGUCUAUGCCUGCACAUUCUGAUAAACAUGCUUACCAAGACAAACUGCAAAAUCACAGGUCAUGCAUUUUUUUCUUUCUUGGAUGACUAAAACCCCAAAAGUAUCUUUAGAGCGGACACAUCCUCCAUCUUUAUGUCGCUCUUUUUCUUCCCUUCGCUAGGUCUUUGGAUUAUUUAGAGCCCCCGUGGAUUGUCUAAGUUCUGACAAUGACAAAUACACGUCCAUACUUCUUUAUCGAAGAGAAAGAUUGGUACUUGGCUGCAUUUGUCAUCGACAAGCACUUUUAAAUUCUACGGCUGUAGGUUUUUAGAAGGAGCUUGUGUGCAUGACAGCUCUUUUGUUAAAGACAGAAAUAUUAUGUGCGCUCUUACUUCAUAAUCAGAAACUUUUUUUUUCAGCUUGAGUUUGUUUCUAUAUUUCUGUGAAGACAUCCUCCUCAUCCAUAAAACAGAUGGGAGAGCAGAGACUGAAUUAGGUUUAAGAUUUGGAAUGAACCAGAUCAGUUUAACGUUCAUCAACAAGGUUUUUAAAUUUAAUUUCAUUCAUGUUGGGCAGAUCUGAAGCCAGGGUAAUAAAAAUGCAUUUAUUCAUCAUAAAGAUACCUAAUGUCUAAGAGUUUGUAAACAAUUUUGAUGACUCAACAAACGACUUUGUUAAAUAGUUUUUAUUUUUAUUUUAAUUAAAGUGGGGUUUUGCA